UUGGCUCUGGUUAUCAGAAUGCUAAACUGUUGUCAACUUUUUCUCUCCAUCUUUGAAGCGCUUCACCGAUAUUGACACAUUUUAUUUUGGUUAUUGUCAGAAUCUCUUUUAGACUCUCUUUUUGAUAAGCUUGUCUUCCUUUUUUGGGCUGCUCUUCAGUGUAGGCAGUUUGUACUGAGGCUAGAAUAGCAAUUUUCUCUGCAGGAUUCUUCGCCAUUAAAUCAGGUUUACACUGAUGGGAUGUGCAUGUGCGUUAGCUUUUUAAGACCAGCCAAUAGGAACGCCCUCUCUUUGAAAUGACCUGUGAUUGGCCAAGGUCUCCUGUCACGGCCUAGAUUUUCUGAAGCCUGAAACAGAGCCGAGAGAAGGUGCAGAAGUCCACUUGAAUUCCAAUAUGCAAUAACUUUAUUAUGUGAUUCUUGCCAAAUGAUGCCAAAAUUAAACUGCCUACUCAAGCUUUAAGGUGACAUAAUCUUGAGUUUCUGUCUCAUAGAGGAGCCCUGUUUCAGUUCCCAUACAGUGCACUGAAAACUGUUUAAUACAUUCCGUGUUGGUUUUUGCUGUAAUUUGUCGGCCAUCUGUGUAGUUCAUUUGUCAAAAUAUGGCCACGCCGAGGCUUUAAUUCCCUAAUCAGCUACUCAACUGUCUUUUGAUGGAUAAAUUAUGACCUUAUUAUGAUCUGGCAACAGUAACUUUAAUAACAGUCAUAACAUCAGUUCAUUACUGCCUGCAGGGAAAUGCUUUUUUAGUUUUUAGACCCCUCCAGGCAGGCCAAAGCUCAGACUCAGCUACUGUUCAGGGUUCAGGAGGGCAGACGCUGACUGACACGAGGGCUCGGCCUCUGCUUUAAGGGAUUAUCAUGCCUUUCACCAUUUGAACUGUGCAAACAGGGUUGUCCAUUCAUCAGGAAUACUGACUUUAAUGACUUAAGUCUUGACAAAUACAACAGAGGCUAGAGUGGCCUGUGUAUGUUGUGGAUUUGUGGCAACCGUAACUCCCUCUUGCCCUCUUGGAAGGGUUUCCUUUGAAAAGCAGGUACAGGUAAAAUGAAGGUGAAAUGUUUUGUAAAAAGAUUCCUCAUUUGGCUCUACUGUGUUUUUAGUUUCUGAGCAGAUUUUGUGCCUUUUUCGUGCUUAUUUACCUGUUUUCGUGGAGGCUUUAUUUGACAGUCUAACAUUUUCUGUACAUCAGCAGUUUUAUGCAGAUAACGCCACACAUCAUAUGGGAUUUACUAAAAUUUACAUACAAAUAGAAAACUGAUAAAUGACACAGGGAUUCUUUAAGCAUUUGUUUUUCACUUACACAUUCAAUUUGAAAUAUGAAGCAUGUGUCCUUUUUUCCUCCUCUAUGUGUCAUUACCUCUCCAGGUUUCAGAUGCUUGUUUGCCCACAAGCUUUGUAAAUCUUCUGUUUGCAAACCGCAUUGUUCACUGCAAACAGUAUCCAUUACUGAUGGACACCGUCCCAUAUUUGACAUUGUAACAGAGAGAAACCUGAUCAUCUAGUUCACAGAGGGUGUGCACGUAUAAUAUUUAUGUCACAUCCUGUUUUUUUCAUGUAGCACAAGGAGGUGGAGAUCUGACACUUUGGUUUGCAUAUCUAAACACCCUUUUCACAAGGCAUGGUUGCAAAGAGUGAUCAGGAGCGAGUUCACACAGAUGAGUUGACACCAAAGCUCUGCUGUAUCUACAGUACUUCUUGUUGACAGGAAAUACUUGGAGUGCACUUCAAAGGUCUCAGCUUUUCCUUUUAGGAACCGAGAGCUCUGUGAUUUAUUGCAGACAUGAGAUGCCGAGCUGGUUUGCACUUUGCUGCUGUAAUUGUUGUCCUCAUGAUAACGUGGGGAAUCGCCAUCAAGUCAUUUGAUGUGCGGGAGACAGCAAGAAGUGUUUUUGGCUGUAAUGACAUCGAUCAAAUCACAACAAAAAUCAAAACAGAUACAAAAACAGCCGAGGCAAAGUGCAGCCUUUCCAGAGCCUGUCCACCUGACCACUUUGCUUUACACAUCCGGAGCGGAGCAGCUAAUAUUGUCGGGCCAAAGAUCUGUUUUGAUGGUAAAAUAAUUAUGAGUCAUGUGUUGAAUAAUGUGGGACCAGGACUGAACAUUGUGGUGGUAAAUGGUGAAAGUGGAAUUGUGGAAAAGUUUGGCUACCUUAAUAUGAAAGAUGGAAACCCAGAAGACAUCAUGGCGUACCUGACGGAGAUAACACCCGGUAUGAUCGUCUUCGUGGCCUCGUUUGACGAUGUGACAAAAAAGAUGACAAAGGAAAUGAGGGAGGUGUUUGCCGGAAUGGGAAGCACUUUGAUCAAGUCUGUGAAACACAGAGAUAGCUGGGUGUUUGCUGGAAGAGCAGGGACAGGAAACAAAAGCCUCUUUGAGAAGCAAGCUGUUAAUGACAAGAAAACCAACAUUUAUGAAGGAUGGCCGGACGUGGUGGAGGUGGGCGGCUGUUUUCCAAGGACGCCAACUGAUGGACAGAAACCUUGAAGGACUUUGUGAUGAAAAGCAGACAAUGGCUUAUUUAAGACUUCCCUGUAAAUGAUGCCACUCCUGAAAGAUGGAUCUCUCCUCUGUGGCUGCUCCUGGAGUCUCCUUGAGUCGUUCUUCAUCCCAAAUCAAGAGUCUGAGGAUUUUGUACAGAUUGUAAAAGACAUCUGAGGCAAGUUUGUGAUUCUGAGCUGUGGAAAUAAAACUGACUGGACUUGACUAAUGCUGUUAAUAGUCAUAGAAAAUACCAAUGUUCAGUGAAUGGAAAGAACAACAUUGGACACAUUGACAGAGGUGACUGGAUACUGUGCAAGUGUCUGUUACUUCUGUACUACAGAAUAUGGCAACAGUUUUCUCCCUCUGGGAUAUAUGAGCAAUAUUUGGUCUGCUUCCUGGUAGGUGGAGGGUCAUUUAUCAUGUAACUGUGAACAAUGACUGGCUCAAGUUUUUGUGAUCUGCAGUGCCUCGUUUUAUCUCAUAUUUCUCACUGUUUACUUUCCGUGGAAGCACAUUUGUUGCCAGUGGUGGAGGAAGUACUCAAAACCUUUACAGAUUUAAAAGUAAAAGUACAGAUACAAAAAAAAUACUCUGUUACAAGUAUCCUGCAGUCAAAAUCCUACUUCGAGUUCUAAUCUCAAAGAUUUUCAUUUCAAUAUAUGUCUGUUAAGUCAUUAUCUAUCACCAAAUGAGAUGACACAAUGGUAACUGAGCCCAUGGCCCACUGAUGGAAGCCCCCUUGUUUGCAGUCACUCUAAAAAAUAAUCCACUGGUUCCAGGGCUGGACUGGGACAAAAAAUCGGCCCGGGCAUUUUGAGCCUAGUCCGGCCCACCAGGUAUUGAUGGAAAGACAAUGAAGCCUAUGAAUGAAAACAAACUUUCUUGUGACACCGCUUGUACACUGUCUUGUUGGUGUAUAUGUACUUGUCU